UGACGUCAAAAAUUUCACCUCUCUAGAAGAACGCGCUGGUGGCGGUAGCAGUGCGUGUGGCCAUAUGCAUUACUCGGGUGCGUAAACGUCGUAAACAUUGCCGACCUUUUUGGAUAACUUGGCGCUCGCAGUGGCUUGGUGCUAUUCAACAAUUUGUGUGUAAUUUGUGAGUACGUGGACUAAACAAUUGUCUGUCGCUGUAUAGCGGCCCAUGUUGACGAACAUCCAGCCGGUGAAGACGACGACCACGACCGCCCCCACGUUGACGAGAUGAUCAUCGAGGAUCCGGACGCGUUCAAGACGUGGCUAACAGCCGUGCUCAAGCCGAUAUGCGUUGCAGACCCUGAGGCUCUCGCCAAAUAUGUGAUUGCCCUGGUUAAGAAGGACAAGUCACCUGAUGUACUUCAUGUGAGCAUGGUCAAUCAAUUGCAAGUGUUCUUACAAGAAGAAACGAAACCAUUUGUGGAUCAAUUAUUCCGUACUCUUGAUAAUCAGACGUACCUCUCGGGUGGCGUACCCAAUGCAAAUCCACCGAAUCCAUCGGCAACCUCGCUAUCGAAAUCGGAACUACCAACCAAAGCAGCUCUUAUUAAACCAGUUAUACCCGUUGCAGAGAUAGUCGCAUUAUCCGAAACUCUGAAUGGGAAAGGUUUACAAUCUGCUCCAGUUGCACCGAAACGAGAAGAAGAAAAGAAAGAGCUUAGAGUAGACAGUAAAGAAAAGGAUAUCAGCAAGGAAAAAGACGAUAAGACUGCACGGCGGAGACCGCGAAGAAGAUCGACGAGUAGGGGACGAUCAAGAUCUCGGUCGUGGGACCGAGGCAGACGUUCACGUUCACGUGAUAAAGACAAGCGAGAACGCUCGCGAGGAUGGCGCGCGAAGAGUCCUUAUUAUCGCGGUGGCCGGUAUCGUAAUCGAUCACCGCCGCGAUCCAGGACGCUCAGUCGUUCGAGAUCACCGGAUGUAGUGGUUGUUGAAGAUGAAGCCAACAAACCGCCUCAGAUUCCAUCAGCGGUGGUGCCAGCUGGCGGGUUGGAACGAAAGCGACGCUGUCGUGAUUAUGAUGAGGAAGGGUACUGCAUGCGUGGAGGUAUGUGUCCGUAUGAUCAUGGCGUCGAUGCCGUGGUUUUGGAGGACUCAGCGUUGAGUACGGUGUUAUACCGUAAUGGAGCAGGUGAUGGUAUACUUGGUCCACCGCCAACUGCCGGACACAUGUUGCCUAGACCCGGUCCGCCUCCGGUCGAGUACAAUCCACAGGCGCCGCAGAUGUGGCAUCAGCGUGGGCCUGGCGGAGGUGGUUUCAGGGGCCAUCGUGGUGGACUUAAUCAGGGACCCCCGCGUGUUAGAAUGCCAAUGGGGCCUUUUCAGGGUGGUGGUCCGCCCCCAGGGGCAAUGCCUUUGCCAAAUAUGCAACGCGAACUGAUAUCGGUGCCAGUGCUUGGUAGUGAAGCUCCCCCACCAAUGGAGAAGUAUGGUUUCGGUGCCCCGUCCAUGCAAGUCGGUGGUUAUCAACCGGAUAGUGGUGGUGGUCCUGGCGGUAACGUAUUUAAAAAGAAACAGUUCGAUUUUAAUCGUCUUGGAGCGAGAGCGAAGAAUCCCGCGAAUUGUUCGCUGGAGUUGAAAAAAGUGCCGCCUGGUUUGAAUAACAUUACGCAUCUCAACAAUCAUUUUGCUAAAUUUGGUAAGAUCGUCAACAUUCAGGUAUCCUUCGAAGGCGAUCCGGAGGCGGCAAUUGUAACGUUCUCUAGUCACGCUGAGGCUAACGCCGCCUACCGCAGCACCGAAGCGGUGCUCAACAAUCGUUUCAUUAAGGUGUUCUGGCACACGGGUGGCGCUGGUGGUGAUGGGAAAGAUGGCGGCGGGAUGCAACAGAUGGGUUUACCGCCAGUGCGCUCUAUAAAAGAACGCCUGGGGCAAGGGGGUAAUGUGCCGCCCAAUUCGAAUAAAUUUCUGAAUGUGGCCCAUGCGCAAGAGAAGGAGAACAAUGUGAACAAUCCCGACAGUGGAUUGGAAGAAGACAAAGAAGUAAUCGCCGCUCAGAAGGAAGAGCGCGCCCGUGCCACUGCCGCUCGUGUGGAAGAACUAAAGGCGGCCACUAAGAAAAAACAAGAGAUACUGGCGGCCAAAGAGCGCAUGAAAAAGAACCAGGAGGAGAAACGCAAGCUCACGCAAGACCUACGCAAACGCAAACAGGAUCUUCUCGAGAAACAACUUGCUCAGCAGAAGCUGCUUAUCGAGAAAAUGGCAAAAUGUCCGCCCGGCCCUCCGCGUGAUAUCUUGAUGCAAACCAUCAAGAAAUCGCAAGAAUCCAUUGAGAUGAUACGGAAGGAUCUAGCACAGGCAGUGCUCGCGUUGAAAGCGUCAACAGUCACACCAUCGGGCGGUGUAGCUCAACCCAAACGUAGUAAAGAAGCCAUGCAGAAGGAGUUGCUUGACGCCGAGCUGGAUCUCAUCAGCAAACAGGCCGAAGGCGUUGACACCACUGAUCUACAGAAGAAGCUGUGGGAGUUGAAGGCUCAAGUUGGUGGUGCACCUCCGGCAGCUGGUGGACCCGGGCCCAUCACAGGCGUGGGUAGAGGACGUGGUCGAGGUGCAAGGCGAUUCAAUCCGCUGGGUAGGCACAGACUCGUGAAAAACAAUCUCAAUGCUGAUGGUCAAGCGGUGAAAGCGCAUGCGCUGGAUCACCGCCCCACGCGUCUACUUGUCAGCGGUUACGAAGCGGAUGAGUACGCUGCAGUGCUGGCGCAUUUCCGUCACUUUGGCGAAAUUGUCGAGUGCGAAGCCGAUGAUGCAUUGCCCAGCGUCGUUGUGGCGUACCGCACCCGCAAGGAGGCGGAGCAUGCCCUCGCCAAAGGUCGACACUUUGCUGAUAGGACGCUUAGCGUCACAUGGGCAGGCCCAAUUCGUGCCGCUCUGCCAACUAAUGCGCGCGGUGCCCUCCUAGGCGAAUCCGAUGAAGACGAGCAGCUGCUAGAUGGAGAAGCUGAAGACGAACCGAUGGAGUCUGGUAUAACUGAGGCCGACUUCCCCGAGGAUGUCCUACUGCAGGACGACGAGGAGGAAGAGGAGGAAAACGAAGAUCGUUCCUGGAGGCGAUAAUACGCGUGCAUGCCUAGGUCUUAAGUGAACAUGUAAAUAUCAUGCGACACUCUUUCACAAACAUUUGCACACACACACAAAGACACGAAAGUUCAACACAUGUACAAACUAAUUGGCGAGGAGUCAUGAUUGCAGCGAGGCGCGUUCGGUGGCAGUAGAAUGCUUUUGUUUCGUAGUUAUUUCUUUUGUUAUCAUAUUUAGUUCGACCUUUUUUUUAUUGAAUGCGUAGGUUUACUUUUAAUGUGUUUUUUGUACACAUGAUACAGACAAAAACACCACACGCUUAAUACUGACGAUUCAUUGUGUUUUCAAAGAAUUGACUUGAGUUUGUUAAAAAAAAUGUGAAAAAAGCUUGAAAAGAUCGGUUAGCCCCAUCUAGACGAAUGAAAAAAAAAAACAGCAAGAUUGAAAAAAAUAAGUGAAGAUGCAAAAAAAUGAUUUGCACAAGCAAUUAAUUGAGAAUAACAAAUCCAUAUAUAUGUAUAUUGUAUAUUUUAUAAUGAUAAUAUUGAUUGUUAAUGAUUGUAACGAUAACUGAUAUGGAAAAAACAAAAACAAAAUAUGCGAGUA